UUUUUUAAUUCGCACAAAGUGUCAAGUUUGGUAACACAGUAUCAAUAUUAAAAUGAUAGCUGAGUGCGUUUUAGUUGCGUGUUUAUACGUCUUUACAUACUUUUACACAGACUAUAUAAUUCGUUUCCCAUUUCUACACAAACAGUAAGCGCAUACACCAUGGUCUACCCUCACACUUUCAGAACGGAGCAUAGUGAAACAAGAACGACGAGCUCAACGUACGGAGACUUCUACCACAAAACCAAAGAAGUAAGGAUAAGUAUUCAGCCGAACCUGUUGAAAAUCCUUCGCGCAUUGGACGGAAAUCGCAGGCAAUUUAUUGAAAACUUAAGGGAGAUGGUCAAGAUCCCGUCAGUAUCUGGGAGCCUCAAGUACGUUGAUGAAGUGCAGAGGUGUAUUGAUCUUGUCAUUAAUUGGCUGGUUAAGCUUGGAGUGAGGUAUCAACCAUUCAAUAUUGGAAGGUACAAGUUGGAAGGCAAGGAGAACAAACGUCCAAGUGUUAUUCUCGCCAGUUUAGGAGAGAAUUUCAAGAAAAAAACUGUUUGCGUAUAUGCACACCUCGACGUCAAUUUGCCUGAUCUGGAGCAAUGGAAAACUGACCCAUUUGACUUAACCGAAGUAGAUCUGAGAUUAUACGGUAGCGGAGUGGCAAGCGGAAAGGGAACUCUAAUGUCAUGGUUCAACUUAAUUUACGCAUUCCAAGAAGCUAACGUUGACAUACCCGUCAACAUUAAAUUCAUAAUUGAAUCUUUACAUUAUUACGAUUCCGAUGGGUUAGAAGAGUUCAUAUCAAAGCAACGAAUACAUUUUCUAUCGAAUGUAGAUUAUUACAUUGUUUGCGACUCAGAGUGGUUGGUAGAAAAAACUCCAUGCCUUGUCUAUGGGAGUGUCGGACGUCUUCGCCUCACAUGCAAGAUGGAAAGAAACGAGAGCGCCGAGUCUGAUAUGAAGGAGGACAUGGCAAAAAUAUUUGGGGAGCUAUGUAGUGAGCGGGGCGAAAUUCUGGUCCAAAACUUCCAUGACCUCGUGAAACAAAUUACACCUGACGAAGAACAUAUUUAUGAAAGUAUCAAGUUUGAUGUAGCCGAUAUCAGAGAUAACCUACCGGAACAUCAGAAAUCUUGGGAUAAGGUUAAGCUUCUCAUGAACUUUUGGAGGCUGCCCUCGAUAGCUGUUGAAGAUACCGAAGAAUGCACUUGUGAAAAAAAUGAUAAAAGUAAAAUAAAAAGGAACUUUACAGUGAAAAUUGUCCAAAACCAAAUCGUCGAUGUCGCCAUAAAGCAAAUCACCAAACACAUAAAGAAAACCUGCCAAAAACUUGACAUCAAACACAAGGUGGAUAUCGAAGUGGUUUCUACUUCCAGACCGUGGAUGGAAGAUAUCUUAUCAGUGAAUUAUUUUGCUGCGAGACGUGCACUUAUUCAGAUCUACAGGCAAGAUCCUAACAUGAUUCGCGAAGAUUGCGAUAUGAAAGUAGUUACAAUGUUAAGUGUUUUAACUGAAAGAUGCGUGCUCGUACUGCCUUUAGGUGACAACCAUAUAAACGCUGGUCGGUCAAAUGAAAAUAUUAGAAGGGCAAAUUACUAUGAUGGAAUGAAGGUGUUAGGCGCUUACCUUUUUCAAAUAGCUGAGUUGGCUGAUCGCGAAAACAGUCAUGAGCUAUAGAACAUAUUUAUAUAUUUAUAGUUAUUAUAGUUUAUCAUGUAUUUUUAAU